AUGUCUUCAGAAGUUGGCGACAGACGUCCGGCAAGACUACCGGCGCCGGCAAACGAAACACGACCAUCGGAACCGGAGAACUUGCCAUGUCCACGCUGUGAUUCUACGAACACAAAGUUCUGCUACUACAACAACUAUAAUCUUUCUCAACCUCGUCACUUUUGUAAGUCCUGUCGCCGUUAUUGGACACGUGGCGGAACCUUACGUAACAUUCCCGUGGGUGGUGGCACACGGAAGAACUCCUCCCACAAACGGCCCCGUAAUACCACCUCCGUUACAGCUCAAGAAUCAGUAAAUGCCACCCCUAUCACAAUGAUCGGGUCGGGUCAAUCAUCAGGGUCGGGUUCGGUUUCAUUCAUGGGUUGUGAAGUGAACCUCAACGAGUCAGUGCAAGAAGCUGGAGGGGCUACUAAUGGGACGUUUACUUCGUUGUUGACAGGUCCAGUGGGUGGUGGGUUUGUGCCAUUAGGUGGAUUUGGGCUUGGGCUAGGCGGGUUUGGGCUUGGGAAUCUUGAUUGGCCCAUGGAGCAGGUAGGCGGAGGGAAUGGCGGCGGCGGAGAUGGUGGUGAGACUAUGAAGUGGCAGCUGAGUAGUGGUGAAAUUGAAGGUGGCGGCGGCGAAGGAAUAAGUGAUGAUGAUUGUUUUGGUAAUUGGCCUGAUCUUGCUAUUUCUGCACCAGGGACCAGUCUUAAAUGA